GAAAGAGUUAUGCGCUUGAAAGUUACUCUUACAAAGAGCUGGAAAGGAAGUGGUAGUUUCGUCCGUUUGUGAUUCGAACAAGUUAUAAAUUGACUCCACUUCUCCUCUCCCCUUACUUGUAUUCUCUUCCCUUUACUCUUCUUUCUCUCUCUAUCUCUAUACUUUCUUCUAUUCCCCUGUUUUAAUUUGUCCUCUCUUUCUCUCUCUUACUUCUCUCUUAAAUUUGUUUGGAAACAGAAUAAGAAGAAACAAGAUCAAUCACCCAAAAUGACUAACCAAAAUGUGGUUGUUUCUGAUGCUAAAACAAGCAUGAAAGUUGCUGUUGCCAUGGCUAUGUCGAACCCUGCUCUGUUUUCAAGAGCUGUUCCAACUCCUCCUCCUUCUUCCAUUAAUGGCCGAUUUCGUCGUAAAUUUGUUAAUAAGAUUGAAUCUCAAGCUGCCCCUCCUAAGAUCAAUGCUUGGGUUGAUUCUAUGAGAGCUUCUUCUCCUGCUAAAUCUCCUCCGGAAUCUCAUGAUCAUCACAAUUGGAUGGUCAAUCAUCCAUCUGCAUUGGAGAUGUUUAAUCACAUCAUUAAAGCAUCUAAUGGAAAGAAAAUAGUCAUGUUUCUUGACUAUGAUGGUACUCUUUCCCCCAUUGUUCAAGACCCAGACCGCGCUUUCAUGUCUGAAGAGAUGAGAGCAGCAGUAAAAGCUGUAGCAAGAUACUUUCCUACUGCUAUUGUGAGUGGAAGAGGAAAGGAAAAGGUAUAUGAUUUUGUAAAACUAAAGGAACUUUAUUACGCGGGUAGCCACGGAAUGGACAUUGAAGGACCCGCCAAUGAUGAGAGAUCAGUCAUAUGCCAACCUGCUACCGAAUUCUUACCAAUUAUUAAUCAAGUUUAUAAAAAAUUACUUGAAAAAACCAAAUUUAUUCAAGGAGCUAAAGUUGAAAGCAACAAGUUCUGUUUGUCUGUCCAUUUUCGAUGUGUUGAUGAGAAGUAUUGGGGUGAAUUGGUUGAGUUGGUGAAAGAGGUUCUUAGUGACUAUCCUAAAUUAAAAAUGACUUAUGGGAGAAAGGUAUUAGAAAUCAAGCCCACUAUUAAAUGGGACAAGGGCAAAGCACUUGAGUUUUUGUUGCAAGCUCUUGGUUAUGCAAAAUCUAAGAAUGUAUUACCAAUUUACAUUGGAGAUGAUAAAACUGACGAAGAUGCAUUUAAAGUACUUAAGAAAAGAAAACAAGGUUUUGGUAUCCUUGUAUCAAAGUUUCCUAAGGAAACUUCUGCUGCUUUUACCCUACAAGACCCAACUGAGGUAAAGUGCUUUCUACAACGGUUGGUGGAAUGGAAGCAAACACCUCUUCGGAAUUACUACUACUAAUAAUAAUGGAAGAAAGAAUGACAUGCAGUCAACUUCAACCAGAAUAUUUUUGUUUAUGGGGUUGAUUGUGUAAUUACAAGUAAAGUUUUGUUCAUUUUAAAUUAGAGAAAAAAAAUUAUAAAGAAAAAAAAAAGAUUGUGUAAUAUUAGCAUGUAAGGAGCAAAAAAAAAGAGUGGGGGUUUGAAAAUCAAAUCUUCCCUCAGAUUUUGUUCAGUAAUUAAUAUAUGUAAUUAUUGGAUUUUCCAUGGUAAAGUUAUUUAGUGGAAAAUUAAAAAAUAUAUUUAAGAAAUUUGGAAUCUAUAUCCUUUAUUAAAAUAU